GAGGACCGGGCCAAGAUGCCCUACAUGGAGGCAGUGAUCCAUGAGAUCCAGAGAUUUGGAGAUGUGAUCCCCAUGGGUCUGGCCCGCCGGGUCACCAGGGACACCAAGUUUCGGGAUUUCCUCAUCCCCAAGGGCACCGAAGUGUUCCCCAUGCUGGGCUCCGUGCUGAGAGACAGCAAGUUCUUCUCCAACCCCGGAGAUUUCAACCCCCAGCACUUCCUGGAUGAGAAAGGGCAAUUUAAGAAGAGCGAUGCCUUUGUGCCCUUCUCCAUCGGAAAGCGGUACUGUUUCGGGGAAGGUCUGGCCAGAAUGGAGCUCUUUCUCUUCCUUACCACCAUCCUGCAGAACUUCCGCUUCAAGUCCCCGCAGUUGCCCGAGGACAUCGAUGUGUCUCCCAAAAACGUGGGCUUUGCCACCAUCCCACGAACCUACACCAUGAGCUUCCUGCCUCGCUGAGAGCUGAGAUGAGGCAGGGCUAGUUGGAGGGGCACGUGGGGAGGGAGAGGGGCUAGUGGGCAGGGCUGACAAGUAGGUGAGGCUAAAGGGCAGCUGAGAGAAAAAGAAGGGGAACCGUGGAUCAGAAGACAAGUAGAAACACGAGGAGCUCUGUCUGUUCACUUGCAAGAGACAGAUGCUUCAGAGGUGGGAUGGGAGGGAGGAAAAUCUACAGCUGUAUUGUGGAUAAUAAUAAUAAUAAUAACCGCUAUUAUGUAUUAAACAAGCACUCUGUGUCAGCUCUAUGCUAAAAGCUUUACGUGUUCAUUUCACAUAAAGCAAACAAACCUAUGCUAUGGGGAACAGUGUCCACGCCCAUUUUACAGGUGACACAGCUGAGGUUCAGCAAGUUUAAACCUCUAUCUGAGGUCUCACAGAACACAAGUACUUGAACCCAGAUCUGUGCAGAGAUGGCUAGGCUUAGCCUACAGUCCUUGAGGCAGGUUUUAAAAAGGCACCACUUUUCUCAAGUAAAACAACAGCUUAGCAUAUUAUUGCACAAUCUGAACAGCUCUAUC